CAUGAGCAAAAAUAAAUUCGAAAACGCCAUCGCGAUACCUAUAUACGUAAAUAAACAAAUAAACACUCAGUCACGAGCGACACAGGACCGUUCACACACACGCGGCUAUAUAUAAGCCAUGCUUUGCAACUUGGUCUUCAGUAACUGCAAGAGAUCGUUGAGAUUCAGUCCUACACACACAUACAAGUUUAACCCCUUUCUUUCUAUACGCAAUAUGAGUGUUUCACCUGCCAAGUCUGUACCAGACACACUGGUGAGUGGUCCCAACGCCCACUUAGUAGCGCCAGGAAAAUGUCAAUUCGGAUCGGACUUCACCUCCGUAUCUCUGCUGAAGCGCUGGAAGGUGUCAGAGACCUCCAGUGUGCUACAGUUUUCGCUUCCCAAGACUGACGAGCCGUUAAACCUGAGCACGUGUGCGUGCAUUCUGGCCAAGGCUGAUCUCCCCGACCGAGACGGGAAGACGGAGGCUGUAAUCCGGCCCUAUACACCUAUCUCGACGAAUUCCCAAGUUGGCACAUUCGACCUAUUAGUCAAAAACUACGGCAAGGACGGGCGCAUGUCCACCCACCUGGUUGAAGAAUUGAAGGAAAACGACACCGUCGAGUUCAAACACAUUGACAAGAACGUCAAGAUUCAGGCUCCUUUCGACGGCUACAAGAAGAUUGGUAUGAUUGUGGGCGGCACCGGUAUCACACCCAUGAUACAAGCCCUACACGCCAUCCUGGGUGAUGAGACGAGUAAGGUGAAAGCUACCAUGCUUUAUGGUUCCAAGAUGCAGUCGGAUAUACUUGCGCAGGAUAUGCUGGACAACUGGGUCAAGCACGAUCGGUUGGAGCUGGAGUAUGUUCUCUCGGAUGAGCCAGAGGAUUCAGAUUGGAAGGGCGAGCGCGGAUUCAUCACAAAGGAUUUGAUCAAGAAGCAUCUCUUCAGCCCUGAAGAUAAGGAAGGAAUCAUCUUUGUAUGCGGGCCUCCACCCCUGUACCAGGCGUUGUGCGGUCCAAGGGAUUCGCCUGAACUGACAGGUGCCCUGAAGGAAAUGGGCUACACAUCCGAUCAGGUGUUCAAGUUCUAGAGCUGUCGGAUUUACAAUUUGUAAAUGCUGAAUAGGCGUCUGUUUACGUACAGAAUGAGCAAUAAAGCUAAAUCGAUAUAACUCCCGA